GCGACUAUCGGUGUCACACACGAGGAUGUUUUACUGUACUGUGUUUAAAUAGAGUAUUUCAGCUAACAUUCUGUGAAAUUAGGUACACGGAACUAUUCAUCUAUUACCCAGAGGACGAGGUCAAUUAGACAUGUCGGACUUCUCGUCGCUGGGUCUCGCGGACUGGCUGGUUAAACAGUGUAAACAGCUGGGAAUCAACAAACCCACUCCCGUCCAGGAACACUGCAUGCCUGCUAUACUAGAAGGUCGGGACUGUAUGGGCUGUGCUAAGACCGGAAGUGGGAAGACAGCAGCCUUUGUGCUUCCAGUGGUGCAGAAACUGUCCGAGGACCCGUAUGGCAUCUUCUGCUUGGUGCUCACUCCUACCAGGGAGCUCGCCUAUCAGAUUGCAGAGCAGUUUCGAGUGCUGGGGAAACCGCUGGGUCUGAAAGACUGCAUCGUCGUCGGUGGAAUGGACAUGGUGAGUCAGGCCAUGGAGCUGACCAACCAACCACAUGUGGUCGUAGCGACGCCCGGACGGCUGGCCGAUCACAUCCGCAGCUCCAGCACCUUCAGCAUGAGCAAGAUCCAGUUUCUGAUCUUGGAUGAGGCGGACCGGCUGUUGGAGCAGGGCUGUACUGACUUCACCAAAGAUUUGGAGACGAUCAUGGGGAUUUUACCGGCUAAACGGCAGACGCUGCUGUUCAGCGCCACGCUCACUGACACCCUGCACGAGCUGAAGAACAUCGCCAUGAACAAACCUUUCUUCUGGGAGAGCACGUCGGAGACAAAAACAGUGGAGGAGCUGGACCAGAGGUACAUCCUCACUCCAGAGAAGGUGAAGGACGCCUACCUGGUCCACCUGAUCCAGACGUUUACUGACGAGCAUGACGACUGGUCCAUCAUGAUCUUCACCAACACGUGCAAAAACUGCCAAAUCCUCACCAUGAUGCUGCGGGAAUUUAACUUUCCAACCAUCUGCCUGCACUCCAUGAUGAAACAGAAACAACGAUUUGCAAACCUCGCCAUGUUCAAGGCCAGCGUCUUCAAAAUCCUGAUUGCGACAGACGUGGCUUCCAGGGGUUUGGAUAUUCCAACUGUCCAGGUCGUCAUCAACCACAACACCCCCGGCCUCCCCAAGAUCUACAUCCACAGAGUCGGACGAACAGCGAGAGCAGGGAGGAAUGGAGUGUCCGUCACUCUGGUGACACAGUACGACAUCCACCUGGUCCACUCCAUCGAAGGACUGAUUAAGACGAAGCUGAAGGAAUAUCCUGUGGUGGAGAAAGAAGUCCUGAAGAUCCUCACCCAGGUCAAUGUGACCAGACGGGAGUGUGAAAUAAAACUCGAGGCAACAGAUUUUGAUGAGAAAAAGGAAAUCAACAAGAGGAAACAGCUGAUCUUGGAGGGGAAGGAUCCAGACCUGGAGGCUAAGAGGAAGGCCGAGCUGGAGAAGAUCCGGAGCCAGAAGAAAGUGUUUAAACAGAGAAUCCAUGAGAGCAUUGAGAAACAGAAACAUGGACAGCUGAAGAACAAACUGGCCCAGAGAAGACAGAAGAAAAAGGCAGCACAGAAAACAGCCUGAAAUGGGCUGUAACCCAUGUAUAUACUAAAAGUUAUAUUACUGUACAAUACCUUGUGUUUUUGUUUGUGAGCAUCUGCAAAUAAAUUAGAAUCUGAAUUUCACACCAUGAAAACUUCUCCAAUUGACAGCCUUUAUUGAUUCAGUUUAACAAGGAGCCACCAUCACGUGACGAAACGUCACGCUGAGCGCUCGAUCCCUGCAUGUUGCCAGAAUGAAGGGUUUGGAUGCAAAUGUUUAACAACCACUUUACAACUGAAUCACGUCUUCAAUGAUCACUGCAGAUGUUGCAUUUCAUUGUGGCUCAGAAGUUGGAAAGAAAACACCAAAGCAAUAAUAUUACGGCAGCAGGUUCUUAAAGCUAUAACAUGUUAGGAUUUCAGUGGAACGGGUUUAUAUGGGAAACUAAUUCAUCGCACUAAAGAGUGAUUCGCACAAUGUCAACAAAACUGAACUAUUACUAAGUCAAUUAAACAUGGAAACAUCUACUUACAACAUGAUUGUCACAUGUCUGCUGAAAUGAGAAACAGUGGAGUACAUUCUGUGUUCAGAAAGCGUCUUUCCUGGAAGAAUUUAAAAAG